CAGGUGGAGGGGCAGCGCAUGCGUGGUGAGCGGCAUCCCUCUCGCUGGUGGUGGCCGCCAUUUUACUGAGAACCGGACGGAGGUUUGUGAGGUUGUUUCCCGGCUCCGGUGACGCCUCGUGUCAGUGCCGCCCCGCUCCUUGUAGGUUUAUCCGAGGACGUAGCCGGGAGCUGAGACAUGGACGAUGACGGCCAGCCCCGGACCCUGUAUGUGGGGAACCUCUCCAGAGAUGUCACCGAAGUCCUCAUCCUCCAGUUGUUCAGUCAGAUUGGACCAUGCAAAAGCUGCAAAAUGAUCACUGAGCAGACUGAAAGCCGCAGAGUCGCUGCAUCGGUCGGAUUCUCCAUCCUGCCAAACGCCAGCAAUGAUCCCUACUGCUUUGUGGAGUUUUUUGAGCAUAGAGAUGCAGCAGCCGCCUUAGCCGCCAUGAAUGGCCGGAAGAUUUUGGGGAAGGAAGUGAAGGUCAAUUGGGCAACGACUCCGAGCAGCCAGAAGAAGGACACUUCCAAUCACUUUCAUGUGUUUGUUGGCGACUUGAGCCCAGAAAUCACCACAGAAGACAUAAAAUCUGCUUUUGCUCCAUUUGGUAAAAUAUCUGAUGCCAGGGUUGUGAAGGACAUGGCAACCGGAAAAUCCAAGGGCUACGGCUUUGUGUCCUUCUAUAACAAGCUGGAUGCAGAGAACGCCAUUGUACACAUGGGAGGUCAGUGGUUGGGUGGUCGGCAAAUUAGAACUAACUGGGCAACGCGCAAACCCCCCGCACCGAAAAGCACGCAGGAAAGUUCCCCUCUCGCAUCAGAUAACUCUAAACAGUUGAGGUUUGAAGAUGUCGUCAAUCAGUCCAGUCCAAAGAACUGCACUGUGUACUGCGGUGGCAUCGGCUCUGGUUUAACAGAUCAGCUGAUGCGACAGACGUUUGGGGUCUUUGGUCAGAUCAUGGAAAUUCGUGUUUUUCCUGAGAAGGGCUAUUCUUUUGUUCGGUUUUCCAGCCACGACAGCGCCGCACAUGCCAUUGUGUCUGUGAACGGAACCACCAUAGAGGGUCACGUGGUGAAGUGUUACUGGGGCAAAGAAACACCAGACAUGGCAAAAAACUUCCAGCAAGUGGACUACAGUCAGUGGGGGCAGUGGAGCCACAUGUAUGGCAGCCCUCAGCAGUAUGGGCAGUACGUCACCAACGGCUGGCAAGUACCGUCAUACGGCAUGUACGGACAGACAUGGAAUCAGCAGAACUUUGGAGUGGAACAGUCGCAGUCCGCGACAUGGAUGGGAGGCUUCAGUGCCCAACCCCCGCCUGCAGCACAGGGGCCGCCAGUAAUACAGAACCCCCCGGGGUACAGUAUGACCAGUUACCAAACACAGUGAGAGAACUUUUCCAAACGUCUAUAAUCCACAGCGGCUCCUUACCCGGAGGGUACAAGCUGGGGCCCGAUGAAGAGGGGGAAUCUGUAAAACCGUAUUUAUUUCGAGCUCGGACUGUUGUGGAGCCGCCAGCAGCUCAGAUGUAAAGGACUCGUCUUUAUAGUUUUUUGCUUUUUAAGAAGCCCUUUUCCCGGUGAAGGACUGGUCUCCAGUUCCAUUUUCCUUCUGUCCACAAUAAAAGCCAUUUCAGAGAUCUGGGUGGAGGCGUGCAGGCAGCGUUCCCGUUAUUUCACCUGCCCGUGGGGUGCUGGGGUCACGGAGGACCUGGGAUGGUCUGGUCAGGAGGCCCCUGUAGCAAUGUGUGUCUAUCAGGCAGCCCUGUCCACGUCCAGUGUCCUUCCUGUGUAUAUAGAUGUCCCCCGCAUGCCGCUCUACAGCCGCCACUUGUCCUCCGCUUUCCCAGGAGAAGCCUUAAUUCCAGGUAUUUCUGUGCCCCCCCUCCCCCCACAUUAUGUAAAUGCUUUGUUUAUUUGAAGGUGAGUUUUGGGGUUAAUUAGAGGAAUUUGCCCCA